AUGACAGAAGAAAGCAAGUACGAAGUUUUGGAGAAGAUAGGACAUGGUUCUUUUGGUAUCAUUCGAAAGGUCCGAAGAAAGAAUAAUGGAGAAAUCUUAUGUAGGAAGGAGAUUAACUACAUGCGGAUGUCACAAAAAGAACGAGAACAACUACAAGCCGAAUUCGCCAUUCUUUCCUCACUUAAACAUCCAAACAUCGUCGGAUACUAUCAUCGAGAGCAUCUAAAGUCCAGUCAAGACCUUCAUUUGUACAUGGAAUACUGUGGCAAUGGGGAUCUUGGUAGGAUUAUAAAGGAUUUACAAGCAAAGAACAAAUAUGCUGAGGAGGGUUUCGUUUGGAGCAUAUUCGCACAACUGGUUUCAGCAUUGUAUAGAUGUCACUAUGGAGUCGAUCCACCAGAAGUUGGAAGUAAUGUAAUGGGAUUGGGAAAUACCGCCAAACCACAAAAGCCAGCGCCUGGUGUCAUGAUUCUACACCGAGAUUUGAAGCCCGAAAACAUCUUUCUUGGUGAAGGCAAUUCUGUGAAGCUUGGGGAUUUUGGUCUUUCGAAAUUGAUGGAAUCUCACGAUUUUGCCUCUACAUAUGUUGGAACUCCAUUCUACAUGUCCCCAGAAAUCUGUGCCGCAGAACGAUAUACGUUAAAGUCAGAUAUUUGGUCUUUAGGUUGCAUUAUGUACGAGCUCUGCACACGAGAAGUUCCAUUUAACGCGAAAUCGCACUUCCAACUUGUGCAGAAGAUUAAAGAGGGCAAAGUCACACCAAUACCAAAUAUAUAUUCGCCAGAACUUGCAUCUGUUAUCAAGGACUGCCUCAGAGUCAACCCCGAUCGACGAGUCGAUACCGUUACAUUGCUUAAUCUUCCUGUGGUAAAAUUGAUGAGGAAGGAGAAAGAGGUUGUUGAGCUCGGUCGACUGUUGAGGACGAAAGAAGAAAUGGCGGCUAAACAAUUCAAGGAGCUUGAAGAAAGGACAGAGAAGCUCGAGUCUCAGAAAGCAGCUAUGCGUGCCGAGAUUGAUUCAUCAUUGCGAAGAGAAUGGGAAGUCAAGGCACAAUUGGAGAUCAAUCGUUUGGUGCAAAUAGAGGUAGAGAAUCUACAAAAACGAUUUGAAGAAGAGGUCCGAAUCCGAGUUGAAGAAGAGCUACAAAGAUCCGCCAACAGCUCUCGAUCAUCGAAUCCAGAUAACGAUACUAGCUCAAGCUCUCUGACCGCUAAAGAACUGUGUCCCUCGCCAAGCUCAUUGGACUACCCAAGAUCAUCUGUUGGUAGCACAGGUGAUGACUUCUCAUCGACCACAGAUUUUACCGAUCACACCAUGUCACCGGAGCCCAGCAAACCAUUCAAGAAAUCCACCAGAACACCAUUUUCUCGAGCGCAAACCAUGUUCAAUGUGCAUGGAACUCCUAUGGACAUUGAGAUGGCUGAUCCAUCACCAAUUUCUAUUGCCUCCUUGUCAUUAUCUCCACGCCGGAACAAUGCAACCAAAGCUCCUGGCACUAACCGAAACAUUUUUGCUGCUGCAAACGCAAAUGCCGAGAUUCGCUUACAACCUCUUCUACUAGAUUCUGAUUCUGAAGAUGAGGAUGAUCUUCCAGUGCCUUCUCCUACGCGGCCUAAAUCUAAGAACAACCCAUUUGCUAAGGGUGCUGCGAGACCACAUCUCAUCUCGCAGCGUACAGUGCCAUUACAAAAAUUGAACACUCAACCAACCUUUUUGGCAACCAAAAACCAAGGUGGACUGGUUAGUAAGAAGGAAGCACAAAGCCCAGUAACUAAGAGACUAUCGAGAAUACCGAGCAUGACUAGUUUGUCGGGCAAUGAUACAGCAGCAAGCCCCACACGAAAGUCGAGUUUGACAAAGAAAUCUGAAUCAGACCUACACAAACAGGCAAUGAAGAACAAUACAAAAACGGGAAGUGCACCAACGAUUGGACGAACUCUAGUCGAACUAGCACAAGCUCGUGCUGGAGGAAGACCAGUUGAGAUGAGCCCUAGUGGAAAGGGAAGAUCAUUCGGAGUAAGAAUGGUAGAAAAGGAAAAGGACGAAGGAAGAAUGAGAGGUAGUGGAGGAAGCAUUGGAGAUAUGGAGCCAACGGUGUGGAACCCUGACAGGGAUGAAAUGCCAAGUCCUUUCUUGAUCAGAAACAGAUAUGCAGGGGCUGCAGGGCGUUCGAGAUAA